AAUGUUCACUGUUCCUUCAAAAUGGCAGCCUCCAUGUCCAUGAGAACUGAAAUUCUUGCUCGGGUAGUGCGUGGAUCAAUCGGGAUUGGCUCUCAGAUUGGGAAAGAUGCAAGCGGAGCAAUGAGGAUAGCCAGACAGAUGAAAGUGUCCCUUAAGCCUCAGAAGAACAAAUACAUGAUCCCCUUCCUUCACAGCAGAUGCCUUUGUCAUAGUGUAAACCAGCUCUCAAGUCAAAAGGAGGACUUUGCCACAGAUGAAUCAGAUGGAGAAGACAGUAUCGCAUUGGAUGAGCUUGGCCUAGAGGUGAAACCUAAAGGUUAUAUGGCAGCAAGACCAGUUGACGAUGUAUACAUGAUCCAACAUUAUCCUCCACAAUUGGUUACUUUCCAUGAAGCCAUGGAAGAGCUGAGGUCACAUGAUCGAUGGGCGCCUGUAAGGAAACCAGAACUCUACAAAAACAGAACAGUCACCAUAGGUAUUCAUCUAGAUAUGACUCUUGAGAAAAAGAAAAAGGUAGUUCCAUUUCAGAACAUGGUAAUCUUACCACAUCCAUUUAAAGAAGACAACAAAGUAUUGUGCUUUGCUGAGGAGUCUGACACCCAAGUUGCCCUAGAUUCAGGAUCUCACAUGGUUGGUAACGCUGACACUGUUCAAGACAUCCUUGAUCACAGGAUACAUCAUAGGUCCUUUCACUACUGCGUUGCCACUCCAGAGAUGAUGCCCAAGCUGUCCAAACUAAAGGAGAAACUGAGGAAAAGAUUCCCCGCUUCUAAAAGAGGGUCUGUUAGCAACAAUAUCCCAGCCAUGUUGAACCUAUACAGAAAGGGGCAGGAAUAUAAAGUACAAGUCAAGACCGGCACCAUCAACUGUGCUAUUGGCAAGCUCAGUCUGACCAAUGAUCAACUUGAAGAAAACAUGGCUGCCAUCGUAUCUGAUGUGUGCUCACAUAAACCCCUUCAAUAUGGGCCAUUCAUCAAGAAACUCACCCUGACUGCCUUUCUCUUAGACGGUCACAGGAUCAACUUCAAGAAAUACCUUCCCGUCGCUGAUGAAGAUAAGAAGCUCAAAGAGGAAUUGGAAAGAUUAGAACAAUCAUCGUGAUAAGAUUAUCUUUGAUAGGUUGUAUGGUCCUGUGGUUAGAGCAUUGGACUCAUAAUCGUAAGGUUGUGAGUUUGAAUCCUCGCUCUGCCAUUAUCUCCACUUUGACUCGAGAGUAAUUUCUGUCGUCUGUAAGGUCACGCCUCUAUGCCUGAUUAACUUAGACGUGAAAUGUUUCCUAUGUAAUUGGUUAUACCAGUUUGGCAAUAUACUAGCAGAAAUUGUCCUUCCGAGUUCCUACAGGAGUUACAAGAACAGAAACAGAAUAUUUUCAUGGUGGAAUGGUAAUAGAAUAGUUAAUGAUGCAUCACCAUGUGAUAGUCCUGAAAAGGACUGUUUGUGAUCUUUCAUGAGUAAAGAGCCACCAAACCUCCAUGAAGAUCACCAACACCCCUUUUCAGGAGUGUCACAUGGUAAUAUUCUGUAAACCCUUCUAUUGUCCUGCUGCUGCUGCUUUUCAUGUAAUGAGCUCAAACAAGGAAAAUCAUCUACAAAUUCAUACCAGUAAACUCUCGGUGAAACAACCCACCUGUGUAACAAAGCUCAAGAAUUUGUGUACAAAGUCAAUGGGACGUCGGGGCCCGGUUGCAUAAAAGUCACUAUUAUGGCUACUUUGUCAUCCAAUGGUAACUACCAUGAAUCUUUGAUUAUGAUUGGCCAUUGUUAUGAUACUUAGCAUGGUAUAACAAAGAUAGUAUAAUUUUAUAUUAAUGCAAUAGAAAGAGGUCUUUGUCUUGACCUGACUCUGAAAAAAUAUGGACCAAUCAAAUCUCUAACAUUCUGGCGCACAAUCUCACACAUGUAUGUCUUUAUAGGAACUGAUUAUUUGAUUUGAGAGUUGGCACUCGUUGAAAUAAGUGAAAUUAUUUUUUUUGUGCCAAGGGGGAACUUCAAGCAACAUUCUUACUCAAUCACUUGUAAAAUUGAUCGCUCUUGUAAGUAUGUCAUUACUUAUGUAAUGAAAUCACAAUUUAUUGCAAGUUAUGAUUGAUUAAAUGUUUUAGCGCUGUCCUUUUCUGGGGACUUCAUUGAAUUAUGGUUCAUGAUGAAGAAACAAGGCCCCUGAUUUAGAGUAAAAUAAUUAGAUAUUAUAAUUACAAGGUUGUCUUCUGUUUUUGUACAUAAAAUGCCUAUAUAAAUUGAAA